CUGAGGUGAAGAAAAGGUGGUGUGAUUUUGAGUAUUCUGAGCAUUUGGAAGGAAGCCAGACAUGUCUUUGGAUGACAUUAAGAUGCAAUCCAGUGACUUCCUGGAGAAGGAGUAUGUAGACAGCGGGGGCUUCGGGGAGGUGUCUUUGUGUUUACACAGAUCCCAUGGACUGAAAAAGGUGUACACGGGGCCAAAGCGCAUGGAGCACAAUGAGUACAAGCUGAUGCACAAGCUGAGGCACCAGCGUGUGAAGCUCCUGGGAAUCAUCAUAGACGAGGGGAACUACUCGCUCGUGAUGGACUACAUGGAGAAGGGCAGCCUCAUGCACGUGCUCGAAGCCAAGACCAGUAUCCCCCUUUCUGUGAAAGGAAGGAUAAUUAUGGAGACCAUUGAAGGAAUGUGCUAUUUACAUGGAGAAGGUGUAAUGCACAAGGACUUAAAGCCUGAGAAUAUCCUUGUUGAUGACAACUUUCACAUUAAGAUAGCUGAUCUUGGCGUUGCUUCCUUUAAGACAGGGAGUAAGCUGACUAAAGAGGAACACAAUGAGCAGAAGAAAAUGAAUAGUGCUUCUGAGAAUGGUGGCGCCCUCCAUUACAUGGCCCCUGAGCACCUGAAUGAUAUCAGUGCCAGGCCCUUGGAGAAGUCAGACGUGUACAGCUUUACCAUAGUCCUGUGGGCAAUAUUUGCAAACAAGGAGCCAUAUGAAAAUGCUAUCUCUGAGCAGCAGAUGAUAAUAUGCAUUACAUCUGGGAACAGGCCAGAUGUGGACAUCAUCAUCGAAUACUGCCCGAAGGAGAUUAUCAGCCUCAUGAAGCAGUGCUGGGUGGCAGAUCCAGAAGAGCCGCCAACAUUUGCCGGUAUUGAAGAAAAAUUUAGGCCUUUUUAUUCCUGUAAUCUUGAAGAAUAUGUAGAAGAAGAUGUGAAGAGUUUAAAGAAAGAGUAUCCCAGCCAAAAUGAAGUUGUGAAGAGAAUGCAGUGUCUCCAAAUAGAUUGUGUAGCAAUACCUCCAAGCAGGUCCAAUUCAGCCACAGAACCGCCCAGUUCGCUGCAUAGUGCACAGGGAUUCAGGAUGGGUCCUGUGGAGGCAUCCUGGUUUGCUCCCUCCCCAGAGCACCAGCAGGAGGAGAAUGGGCUCAGACUGCAGAAUAAACUCCAGGAGGAAGCCAACUAGCAUCUUUUUGGCAGCUGCAUGGACAAACAAACAAAACAGCAACCCAGACAGAAUGUGGCUUACAACAGAGAGGGGGACAGGAGACGAAGAGUCUCCCAUGACCCUUUUGCACAACCAAGGCCUUACGAAACUGUUCAGAACCCAGGGAUAAGUGGCCUUGCUUCUUCCGAUGCAGCCAGUCAUGGUAAUGCAGUACACCAACCAGUUGGACUGACCAGCGAAGCCCAAGUACCCCACUGGAACAAUGGACCACAUAGUCUGCUUGGUUUUAGAACAAGAUCACUGGGCGUGGGAACAGUAGGUUCCCAAUUUUGGUAUAGGCCAAAUCCAAGCCAUAUGCCACACCUGCAUAAAACUACAGCUGAGACCAACCUACUGGGAAACAUGCCCACCAUUCCAUUCACCUCCCUGACACCAACAGUUGAGGCUGUAAAAUGUUCCAUUUACAACAGUGCUGGCAUUCAGAUUGGAGACAAUAAUCAUAUGGAGGUUGGUGGAGUGAGUUUACCAUUACUGGACAGCACAUACAUGAACUUGAAAGAGCCAGCUUCGAAGUAACAACAUAUCCUUGAUAAUGCCGCUAGUCUGACUGAUAAACACCUGGACCCAGUCAGGGACAAUCUGGGAAGGACCUGGAAAAGCUGUGCCUGUAAACUGGGCUUCACUGAAUCUCAGAUUGAUGAACUUGACCAUGACUGUGAGCAGGAUGGAUUGAAAGAGAAAGUUUACCAGAUGCUCCAGAAGUGGCUGAUGAGGGAAGGCAAUAAGGGGGCCACAGUGGGAAAACUGGCCCAUGCUCUCUAUCAGUGUCCACACGUAGACCUUUUGAACUCUCUGGCAUGUAUCAGCCAGAACGAACUCCAGAAGGAGCUUUGGCAGCGUGAAGUAAACCCCUCACUUAGUGGGUAUUCCACUAAAAGUGUGCUGCCUCACUGA